AAGCUUGGCGGCUCACCCAUUUCGAAGCCAUGGUUGCUCUCUUCGUCGUCCUUCUCUGUCUCGGCUACGUCCAUGUUGGGGUGCAAGGCAUCGGUCUCGACGUGAUCCGGAUGCUCAUCGACAAUCCUGAUGCUGUGGUCGGUAACACAACAGCAAAGGUGGCGUGACGGCGGCCUGCAUGGUUCUAUGUCUGUCUAUGCACCAACCAGGCAAUCCUCAACCCCGCUCAGAUCCGAGAGCCGUGGCUUGUCGUCGACGCCGACGCACGUGGACGGGCGUUUCUUCCCGACGGCACCGAAGUGACAAACCAGGCAAGUGGCCGUCGGGGCGCACACACGAUUCUGUCUUCAACCGCCAAUACGUACUGUACACAUGUCGGGGUCCUCAGCUCGGCAGUGGGGACAUCUUCGCGGAGGACCUUAUCUGGGCUGGGGGGAAUGUGAAAGCUCGACGGGUUCGUUAGCAAAAACAGAAACAGACAUGCAUGUACGCACCAGCGAGUGCACUGACUUGCUGGCUGUUGACUGGUCACAUUUGUUUGUUCAGGACGUCAUAGCAGGCAACGGUAAACCGUGUGGCAAGGACAUUCUUCAGCAAAGGACGACACACACCGGAUGCUGUCUGCUUGUCUCUUUGCUCAUCGAGCAGAAGUCACUGCCAAGAAGGUGAGGGCUUAUGACAGCUUGACUGCGCAUAAGGACAUGUCUGUGUGGGGUGACCUUCGCGUCUACGGUGCGCUCUGUUACAAGAUUCAGACCACCUACUUUCUUUCUGAGGUGGCUUGUAUCUGCGUGCAGGCGGAGUUGGGCCCACCCCCGCCGCACUUGAGGUGCAUGGAUAUACACUUCAGGCGCAAGACAUCAAGGCGGUUAGGAUCGUGGCUGGCAGCGUACCAACAGGCAUGGCUCUAGAGUAUGGUGACAUCAUUGCGUCAAAGGAUUUGGCGUCCGGAAAGGACGUGCACUCUCAUCGGGACGUCACUGCGAGACGUGAGCUGCGGGCCCCCAAACUGGAAGCAGACGAAUGCUCCUGCGCCUCGCUGGUCGACACACGACGGGCGAUUGCGGGGGCAUUCGAGGUCCGCAGCAGUGACCAGCCGUCCUCUUCCCUGGCUGAGUGGGCCGACAGCGACCGGUCGGCGGCGUACGAUGCCUUCAAGCAACUGCGGGUGCGCACUGACCGAGACGCCCGACUAGGCUUGGCCAGUGCUGAUGUGCAAAGGCUCCUCCCAUCGGCAGUGAAGACAUUCGUGCCACACGUGCACCAAGCUGCUGAUGAGGAGGAUGACGACAGCGAGGCCGCUGCAGCAGGGGGACAGGCUGAGGCUGCUCAGGAGAUGACCAUCGACCUCACGCAGCUGCUCUACACACAGAUGGCCGUCAUUCAAGACCUCAUCAACGAGAAAGAAGCUCUGACCAAGAAUGACGACGCCAUGGCCAAGACGAUUGGGUCCCUGAUGGGUCGCAUUGCUCGUCUGGAGCAGGGCAGUGGCGGCGAUGGGCUUUUGGGUUCCAAUUGAGUAACUGCAAAAGGCAGCUUGGAAAUUAGGUAGCUAGCUGUGUGGUGGCUGGGGGUGGGCAUGAAUUGUAUUGGUCUGGCCGUGCGUGUGUGAUGGCUCUGGUCUCUGUGCAAUUGUCUCUUUGCAGCACGAGACGUGCACCCCUUUUUCGCUCGUAUUAGUCCUUUCUUGUCGGAUUUUCCCGCGUACGUGUGACGUCCAUGCAGAGCGGCACACAGCACACCGUGCAUGUGAGAGUGAAGUAUGCAUGUGGGUAUGUGAGGGUGUGAGUAGGUAGUGUGCCUGCGUUGUUGCAUUGAUGCACAAAGGGCGGGGUGGACAUACACACUGCGUGGAUGUGCAUAUGGAUACAUAGCGGGUGCUCUCUCUCACUGCUACCUGCAGGCAUGCAUGCUGCUGUGGCUGUCUGCCCUUUGCUACUUGGCGAACUUUGCAGUGAUUUCUGUCCCCAUCCACAGGUGUGGGGUAGAACUAAUCCCAUCUCAUCUCAUCUCAUCUCCAUCCAUAUAUAUUUUUCGGUAUGUAUUGGCGUGCACUGCAUGACUAGUUAUGCAUGGUCUUGUGUGCGACACACCCACUUUUUGAUAGAAUAGCAGUAAUUUUGGCUGGACAAAUGGACUGCUGUCGAGAAUAGAGCUUUCUGGAUCGUGUCGUGCCGUGUCUUUGGAUGAAAUGUGUCUGAAUGUCUCGGUCUCGGUAUGGAGCUGCACACAUAUCUGACACAUUUUGCCCAGAGAGAGACAAAUGAACGCAUGCGUGGGUGUGGUUGCCUGCCGGCCGGCUAGUGUGCUCCAAAAGAGUGAGUUGCUGACAGGUCGGCAGCACACGGAAAUGACGUUGAGAUGUUUGCACAGACGUUGAGAGUGAUCAAUGCAAUGCACCACAG